AAGUCUCAGAAUGAUGUUCAGUUUAAUCCAGUAAUCAAUAUUUAUUCCUCUUGUUCUGUUUUCUAAAUUGUAAUCUAAUAAGUUAAUCAACAUGAAAGUUAUCAUUGCUUUUUGUCUCAUCGGUUUUGUCGCAGCCCAAAGCGGUGGCUGGUCACCAGUUUCCGUUAACAAUCCUGAGGUCGUCAAGGCUGCUUCAACAGCUAUUAAUUACCACAAUCAAAAUUCCGAUAAUCCAAAUUACAAGAAACUUGUAAGUAUCAAAAGUGCUGAAUCUCAAGUCGUCUCUGGAACAAACUAUGCUCUCAAAUUGAAUAUUCUUGAAACCGAAUGUCCAAAGGACGAUGUUAACUCAAUUAAAUGCUCUCCUUCAUCUAAAAGCAUACCAGAAGAAUGUGACUACGUUGUUUAUGUCCCACUCAAUUCUAAUAAAGGUGAAGUGACCAGUAAUUCAUGUAGUUCCAAUCACUCCUACGAAUCCAGUCAAAGUCAGUGAUUUUAAUCAACUCUAAUAAUCAAUAAACUUUUCUGUCCAUUCA